AUGGAAGAGAACGGUGCACACUUCUUCGAGGGAACGGAGAAGCUGUUGGAGGUGUGGUUCUCCCGGCAAGAUGAGACCAAAGGAACAGGGGACCUCCGUACCAUCCCAAGGUUUGUGAAGUGAAGAUGUGAUUAAUACAUUCUGCCUUUUUAGCUAGCUAACGUUAGCUAAGCUACUAGCCCCUGUACUCCAGCAAUCCGUCAUCUGAAGAAGACUGGAUGGAGAUUCAACACUCAACACGCGCUAGAAAUAAACAUUAACGAGGCUUUAUUUCUCUUGUUAACGUUAGUCGGUUUUAAUGAUAUGGAACUCAGUUAUCUCGUAAACCACAACAUAUUUCACUGACAUGUCAUGUGGUGGCUAAUGUGAACACGUAGUGUUAGCCAGUUGGCUAGCUAAAUUGAGAUAACGUCGUCACUCAGAAUGAAUUACCAUCCCCCCCACAUUCGACCACUAGCUUGGCACUUGCUUAGGGGUAACGCCGUAGCCGAGUCAUUCAUUCAUUCAUUCCAUUCAGUAAGCUGCUAACGAAUGUCCCCUACUGUCAUUCAUUAGCUCUCCAGUAAUACUCAUUAAACAUGUUCAGAAAUGUAUCUGAAUAUGGCUUGUACCGUUAUUGCAAUGUAAGGUAUCGCAAUUUGCAAUCUAGCAAAUUGUUUUGCCAAGAAAAGGGGUCAGCUUGGGGUGAGUUUGACCAGCGUUGGUUUUUCGCAUACUGCGAAUGCAUUGGUGUUCGACGUAUCCAUGCUAGGGUGAUCUCAACAUGUUGCCCACGGAUUUGACUUGACACUAAAUAGCUAAUUAGCUUUAUGCGAUGUUGUGUCUUAUGUAACCAGGUAGCUAGUUAUGUCUACAACCCAACUUCUGAAGUUGUUGGUGUCAUUGUGUAUCUUCUAGUUAACUGUAGUAAUUUUCCAUUUCACUUGUUCUCUGCGUCACGAUGUGGUACUGACUGUAGCGCCUUGUGGCCACGGCUGUCUUUUUUUUUUCUCUGAUAUGCUGCAUUGGCAAUCAUGGUCUCUCGCCGCUCAAGAUUUACAACAUCUGCAAUGCACAAUGUUCGAAAGCCAUUAACAGAAUCAAUAGGUAAGCGAUAACAAACAUACCUGAUCACUUUGCGUUGAUUGCCAACCACUUAUCUGAAGCCAAUCUACACAAGUGUAAUUUUUCAAUCGGGAUCCAUGCAUGAAUGAACAGUAAAUUCAACUAACUCCUGGUGUCUUUAUUUUGGUACUGUUACUUGUACACCUAAUUUGAUGGCCCCAUCUACAAAACCCUUCAAACUAUGCCUAUUUUUUGCAUUGCCCUAAUCAGUGCUGUAAAACUAUGUCAAAGUACUACUUAUGUAGUUUUUUGGGGUAUCUGUACAUUACUUUACUAGUUAUAGCCAAUUGGAAGCUUGGGAUGAUUAGGUGGUCAUGAUGGUAUCAGGGCUAGAUUGAGAAUUUAGCCAGGACACUAGGUUAAGACUCUUACGAUACGGGCCAUGGGAUCUUUAGUGACCUGAGUCAGGACACCUGUUUAACGUCCCAUCGGAAAGACUGCACCCUACACAGGGCAAUGUCCCCAAUCACUGCCCUGGGGCAUUGGAAUUUUAUUUUUUGGAGGGAGUGCCUCCUACUGACCCUCCAACACCACUUCCAGCAGCAUCUGGUCUCCCACCAACCCUGCUUAGCUUCAGAGGAAAGCCAGCAGUGGUAUGCUUGGAGCCUGAGAACCUUUGCUGCCAGUCCUUCGUGAAGGAUUUUUCGGCUGUUCGGGCCACAAAAUACAAAUCUGGAGGCAAGCCGACGUUCGGCGACGACGUCUACGCCCCUUCGUCGGUGAUUGGUCAAUGGUAGGGAUUCUUCAAUAGUCUGUCAUUCAACGAGAGAUGACUUGUUUUAAUGCACUUUUUUUUGUUGAAAAAUACUGCACCAACAUCUUAGUUAGAUGUAAAAUUGCGCGACUAAACUCUCCAGCAAAAACUUCAAUGACAUUUCUUGAGUUGGCUUAAGGAAGUUUAUACUGGCUAUGGCGUCUCAAAAAUAAACUGUACUAUUGCUGCUUUUUUCUUGUUUUUUUUUAAGGGAGUGUGUGAGCACACUCGUUCGCCUAGCCGACUUCAGCUAGCCACCAGCCAAACUGAAGCAUGCUGACGCCUUUAGUGAUCAGUUUCUGAAAUGACCACCUUACUCAUUCCCUCUAUUUAAAGAAGGUAGUUUUGAACACCCUAUAAACUCAUCACGCAACAAUUUCAAUGAUUUUACUGAGUUGGCGUUCAUCUAAGGAAAUCGGUCAAUUUAAAUAAAUUAUUUAGGCCCUAAUCUAUGGAUUUCACAUGACUGGGAAUACAGAUAUGCAUCUGUUGGUCCCAGAUACCUUAAAAAAAAAAAAAAAAGUAGGGGCAUGAAUCACGACCAGUCAGAGCAUUUGCCCACGGAAAUCUGUUACGACGCCGAACUGCAGUCAGGUCAAGACCCUGGUGAGGACGCCGAGCACGCAGAUGAGCUUACCUGAGACUGUUUCUGACAGCUUGUGCAGAAAGUCUUCGGUUGUGCAAACCCAUCGUUUCAUCAGCUGUCCUAGUAGCUUGUCUCGGAUGAUCCCGCAGGUGAAGAAGCCAGAUGUGGAGGUCCUGAGCUGGCGUGGUUGUGAGGCCGGUUGGACGUACUACCAAAUUCUCUAAAACAGCUCUGGUGGACAUUCCUACAGUCAGCAUGCCAAUUGCACACUCCCUCAACUUGAGACAUCUGUGGUGUUGUGACAACUGCACAUUUUUAGUGGCCUUUUAUUGUCCCCAGCAGAAGGUGCACCUGUGUAAUGAUCAUGCUGUUUAACCUCUACGGGAUCGGUGUCCCGUAUACGGGACGGUUGAGCUAACGUGCGCUAAUGUGUUUGUGUUACCAAUUGUUUUCUUGGUGACUAUGGUCCCAGCUGCCUUGAGAUCAUUGACAAGAUCCUCCCGUGUAGUUCUGGGCUGAUUCCUCACCGUUCUCAUGAUCAUUGCAACUCCACGAGGUGAGAUCUUGCAUGGAGCCCCAGGCCGAGGGAGAUUGACAAUUAUUUUGUGUUUCUUCCAUUUGCGAAUAAUCGCACCAACUGUUGUCACCUUCUCAUCAAGCUGCUUGGCGAUGGUCUUGUAGGUCUACAAUCUUGUCCCUGACAUCCUUGGAGAGCUCUUUGGUCUUGGCCAUGGUGGAGUUUGGAAUCUGAUUGCUUCUGUGGACAGGUGCCUUUUUAUACAGGUAACAAGCUGAGAUUAGGAGCACUCCCUUUAAGAGUGUGCUCCUAAUCUCAGCUCGUUACCUGUAUAAAAGACACCUGGGAGCCAGAAACUUAUUUCCCUCAUUAAAAUGCAAAUCAAUUUAUAACAUUUUUGACAUUUGUUUUUCUGGAUUUUUUUGUUGUUAUUCUGUCUCACUGUUCAAAUAAACCUACCAGUAAAUUAUAGACUGAUCAUUUCUUUGUCAGUGGGCAAAUGUACAAAAUCAGCAGGGGAUCAAAUACUUUUUUCCCUCACUGUAUGGGCAGAAAGCUUAAAUUCUUGUUAAUCUAACUGCACUGUCCAAUUUACAGUAACUAUUACUGUGAGAAAAUACCAUGCUAUUGUUUGUGGAGAGUGCACAACAACAAACGUAUCACGGCAACUGGUUUGAUACGUUCACCUCUGAAGGUAAAUAAUGUACUCCCAUUCCGUAAUCUUGCUCGGAUUUGUCAUCCUAAGGGUCCGAGAGAAAAUGUAGCAUAGUUUGGUUCUACAGUUUGAACCCCUGCUGUCUCUGGCGCCACACCCACCCUGCCCUGCCAUCUAGAUGUGUGCAAGUUGGUGUAUAAGCUAAUGAUCCAUCAUGUAUGACAUUCCUGGGAGUGUGAACUUACAUUUUGUAUUACCAUAUCAUUUGUGUAUUGUUCUCUAUAGUUAUGUAGUUGAAAAUGUAUCAAUUGACCAAUUCGGCACAUUUGGGCAGACUUGAUACAAAAUAGUCCAGUAUUGCAACGCUUCACUAGAUCAAUCUGACACUUUGCACACUACUGCCAUCUAGUGGCGAAAUUCUAAAUUGCGCCAAAACUGCAGUAUUAUAUUGUGGCCUUUCUCUUGCAUUUCAAAGAUGAUGGAACAAAAAAAAGAGAACGUGUAUAUAUAUUUUUGUAUUAUCGUUUGCCAGAUCUAAUGUUAUAUUCUCCUACAUUAAUUUCACAUUUCCACAAACUUCAAAGUGUUUCCUUUUCAAAUGGUAUCAAGAAUAUGCAUAUCCUUGCUUUAGGUCCUGAGCUACAGGCAGUUAGAUUUGGGUAUGUCAUUUUAGGCGAAAAAUUUAAGAAGGAAAAUAAAAAGGGUCCGAUCCUUAAGAGGUGAAUCACACACCUGUCAGGUGGAUGGAUUAUCUUGGCAAAGGAGAGCUGCUCACUAACAGGGACGUAAACAAAUGUGUGCACCAAAUUUGAGCGAAAUAAGCUUUUUGUGCAUAUGGACAUUUUCUGGGAUCUUAUAGUUCAGCUCAAGAAACAUGGGACGAACGCUUCACGUUGCGUUUUUUUUAAAAUAUUUUUGUUCAGUAUAGUUUUGGAAUGGCAAUUGCCAUAGAUGAGACUUGGUACUAAAUAUAAGUGCAUUCUGAUAUACAUGUAAUUUCAAUGAAUGAGAAGGACUGACAAAUGGUUCUCUUCACCUGCCUCUCUGUGGCAAGGUUCAUGGCUACUCUUGCCAAUCCAAGGGAAAGCCAGGGUUUUCGUGGUUGUUAGAACAUCAUGGAUUAGGAGUGGCCUAUGGCAUGAAUGACAGCGGGUCUGUGUAGACUCAUCCAUACCCACACAUGCGGUCAGAGCCGGCCCUAGCCUCGUGUAUUCUAACUACCAACAGUAAAUUGAGACCCCGACUGAGUUCCUCAAAUAUAUUUGUAAUUAUUUUAGUUUUGGUAAUUGAUCCACGGGCCUACACGGUGGGGCGCACGCUGGCCGCCACUUUCCCAUCCCUGAGCUAAACUAUUAUAACUGUUUUGGAUGAUCCUCCACAGUCAACAGUAGGCCUAAUUCCAACAGGUAUUAAAUGUUUUCAAAACAGAUGCGGUUGAGAAAAUGGUUUUAUCUUCUACCUGCUCUGGCUUGUGAGCAGGCUGUUGCUUAAUAGUAGCCUAUAGUAGAGCAGGGAGCCAGUGUUUUCCAGAGAGAGACUCUGCACCUGCCUGCUGUCUGCACUGUGCCAGGGCUCUAGACCCUGUUCAAAAUCAACCCAUGUGUAUAGUACUGGGGUCUUUCUGCCCACUCUUUUCCCACUGCUACUAACCUCAAACAUUUAUUUGUUUAUGUGAAUAUAGUGAGUUGGUUAGGCCUUUUUAAAUCUAAAGCGAGAUAUUCAUUGUUAGACAGCCCUUAUGGUUUCAGUUGGUAGAUUACUUUCACUGUCCAUUUAGUCAUCAGUCACACCAGUUAGACACCCCAAAAAUGCCAUGCCUAUAAUUGUGAAAUGAUUAGCCUAGAUGUAGUCUUUAUUCAAAUUGUCUGAUAGCAGUAGAACUACAGUCAAGCCUCAGACAGUUGCUUCUAUUUUGAAAAAGCAAAUCUUGAACUAUUAAAUUGUGCUGCAGUGUACAAAAAACGCCUUGAAAAAAAAAAGCUUUUUGUCUUUUCAGGUUUGAGUGGGACAAACUUCUGGAGAAUGUGCACUGUUUGAUCAUAAGUGUGACAAAGACUGACAAGCAGGAAGCUUAUAUACUCAGGUGAGUAGCGACCGGAUCCCUGUUCUGUUUACCACUGUCACCUUGGCUUGUCCCUUUUCCAGAUUAGAGAGCAGGGAUUGGGUCAUCUGUAAUCGUCUCAUUGUGAAUGGCUGCAUGGAAACUCUUCUCUCCCCUGGGGUGAAAGGACUGACUGACUGAGCAGGGACCUUUCUUUUUUUUAUCUCUCUGGCUCUAUUCUGAAGAGCCUAAUGACCUGCCUUAUCUGAGUCCAGAUGGAUGGGUGAAAGGCAGCUAAAUGAGCACCCUGGCAGCCCACACAAGCACAUCAGGCACAAGUUGCCAAUUUUAGGUUCCUAGAAAUCAAUCUCUGAUGGUGAAAACUGACUUUUGUGUGAUGCCAGUGUACUCGGACUGGCCUUUGGGUCACGUAAUCAUUGCCAGUGAAAAGGACACGCCUGACCCUGGGUGUGUUAGUCUGGCUGCGGAGGCUGUUUUGAGCGGUCUCUACUCUCAGCUCCCUCUGCCGGUUAAGGCCCACCUACAACCGUCUGGGAACGAGUGCAGAUUAGAAGAGAAGUGGAGUAGGGAUGAUCUGUCUAGCUGUUGCACAGACCUUGACAGGGCCGGCGCUAGCACAACGGAGUAGCGUUCUCCUUCACUCUGAUGUUUGUUAUGGUAAUGGGACAGUGCUGAUUCAGGAGAGGAAUACUUGUGACCGCUCUCUGCUUGACUGCAAGUAGACAACAUUGGCGUUGUAAACCUAUAUAUGCCUCACUGAAACUUCUUCCUUCUCACUAGUAGGGCUGGAAAUUGCCAGGGACCUCACAAUACGAUAUUAUCACAAUACUUAGUUGCCGGUAUGUAUUGCAAUUCGAUACUGCAAUUUUAUUGAGAUUCGAUGUUCCAAAUAUAUUGCUCACUAUACACAGAGUAUACCAAACAUUAGGAACACCUUCCUAAUAUUGAGCUGACCUCCAUAAGGGAUCGUAGCUUUCACCUGGUCAGUCUAUCAUGGAGCGCAGGUGUUUAAUGUUUUGUAUGAUCAUGGUAUACGACUACUACAGAGGGACAAGGGAGCCAUGAAAUAGUGCUGUAAACAAAUUGGCUCCCUAUUAAUAAAGAUAUAUAUUUUUUUAAAGGCGAACAAGAUAUGAAGGAAAAAUACUGGAGUUUUGGUGCAGGUACAGCAAACUAGUGCAAAAAUAGUAUUGUGAUAUUUUGAAGGAAUGAUAGGCUAAUCGUAAAAAAAUAUAUAUUCUCCCCCCCCCCCCAAUCACUACUCACUAGCUAUACUGCAGUCAAGCGACUGUGUUCCUUAGAAAACAUCACCCUGCGCUCCUCCAGGGACUAGUCUGUAACUAUAUGAUGACUAAUGAUAACCCAGCUAUGUUUCCUCAAGGAGUCUAAUGUGGGCCUGAAUGCUAGACUGCUGUAAACAAUUUCGGGCCCAUGAUAACAUUAAUGCACUAAGGCCCUGUGGUUGGUUUGGAAUUCAGGCUCAAGGCAGACUUAAGCUUUUUGUAGUAUCUGCUGAUUAGGUGUACCCUCUAUAGAAUCAAUGGUAAGCGGUCACCAGGGUAAUGCCGGGCCAUGGCUGGCUGUCAGUCAGCCACGUCAUGGUGUCUUUUUAAAACUCUCCAGGUGUCUGAAUAGUACACUUUACUUAGCUGGAAGGCGUCGAACCUGAGGAAUUAUGCAGUUGUACAUGCAUGUGGAUGUAAAUUGAGCUCAUGUCAAAAAAAACGAAUUAGGCUUAAGGCUAUUUAACAGUGUGUAACUUGUGAUAUGUAUGUAACGCGUAUAAAACUCCUAAUAUUGCUAUUCUCCUUCUGUCCCUUUGUCCAUUCAGUGAGAGUAGCAUGUUUGUCUCCAAGAGACGUUUCAUUUUGAAGACGUGUGGAACCACCCUCUUACUGCAAGCACUGAUGCCUCUGCUGGAACUGGCCAGGGAGUACUGUGGCUUUGAUGCUAUCGAGGUCAGUGUGACGCGUGCGCGCACACACACAGAGUUGGGGAGUAACUGAUUACCAAAAAAAAACACUGUAUUGUUACGUUACCAGCAAAAAUAUUGUAAUCCGAUUACAGGUACUUUUGCUAAAUCUGAUUUUACUUUUUUAAGUUGGGUAAGGACAACAGCAGUGGUGUAGCCUAUGGGUGAUUCCAGAUAUCACUUGAUAUCUACAUAGUACAAUGAUGUGAAUCACACUGCUGCUUCUUAAAAAAAAAAAAAUAACACAAUUGAGGCUUAUUGCUCAGUCUAAUUUGUGCAACAAAAGUCCAUAGGCCUACAUUUUCAAAAAUGGAGGAAGAUAAGUGUUUCCAAUGACAUCAACCAAUGGUUAAAAUCACAUGAUGCACAGAUCUUCCUCUGUAUUUUCUACUACAAAACACAAAUGUGCAAGUUUCACAUAUGUUGAGGUGGUGCUGGAGAUGAAUAUGAAGUUGAAAAAUUGUGAGAUUUCCGUUUAAACAGCUGCAAAUUAUCAAAAUCAGUGUCGCCAACACAAACGUAAACAAUGGGUAUAGCCAAUGCAGCAUAUGGCAUACAUUUGUCACAUUCAAAAACGCUAGUGCUCAAAGGGCUCUAUGCUGACACUUUACAAGGAGCAUGUGUGCGCCUAAGUUAUAUUAAGACAUUUAGGAGCACAAUGAAAAAUAUUUUAGGACAUAAAGCUAGAAUUCUUCAUUUUUCUAGGCGCACUGGUGCUCCUAAAUUUAAAAUUCCAGGUCGCACAGCAAAAUAUUUAGCAGCAUAUAUGUGGGUGAAAUGGUCACUCUAGAGUCCUGCAAAGCAUGCCAUUCCAUGAGAGCAGCAUUUUAUUUUUCAACUCGACACAAUGAGCCCAAUCAAUCCUCCCAUGACAACAAAAUUAUAAACGGAGUACGCUAAUAAGUCCUUCGUUUUUGGGUUAUGCUUAAGUAAAACUAUUAGGCUAUCUAUAUUUCCAAGUCCUAUUCUUGAAGAUCAAUUAAUUGGAAUGACUGGAAAUCUGCCACUUUGGUUUUUAAUGUAAAGAUAUAGCCUAAUCGUAUUAUCUGUAUUGCAGUAGAAAGCAAUGGGGAAGAAGAAGCCUUCAUAACCCAUAAAGAAAAAUGCAACCUCCAUUUAUGGCCAGCUAUGUAAACUCCAAUAUUGAUUUAUCCUGCGGUAGAUGUCCAAGUGGUAUUCAUUUUUGUCUUCUAAUGCCUCUUAGGGGAAAGUAAUCAGAUUACUUUAGAGUUUGGGUAAUCCAAAAGUUGCGUUACUGAUUACAAUUUCAGACAGGUAUCUAACAGAUUACAUUUAGAAAGUAACCUACCAAACCCUAUGUAUGUGUGCAUAUGUAUGUACAUACUAGGCUCGGACGUAUCCAGAUUUUCAUACCGUCCUGAUCUCAUCCGGGGAGUUACGGUAUUACCGGCAUAGCACACACAGGGGCACUAAAAACGCAAGAAAAGCCCUUUGGGCCUCUAUUACUAGAAUGCUAACAACAUUAGCACAAACUGAUAGCGAAAUCACGUAGACACUGUUGGCUAAAUGCUAACGAGCUAGAACGAACUAUACUGAAUAAAAAAUAAAUGCAACAUGUAAAGUGUUGGUCCCAGAAAUGUUCUAUACGCACAAAAAGCUUUCUCUCAAUUUUUUUUGUACAAAUUUGUUUACAUCCCUGUUAGUGAGCUUUUCGCCUUUCUCCAAGAUGAUCCAUCCACCUGACAGGUGUGGCAUAUCAAGAAGCGGAUUUAACGGAAUGAUCAUUACACAGAUGCACCUUGUGCUGGGGACAACAAAAGGCCACUCUAAAAUGUGCAGUUGUCACAACACAAUGCCACAGAUGUCUCAAAUUGAAGGAGGGUGCAAUAUGCAUGCUGACUGCAGGAAUAUCCAACAGAGCUGUUGCCAGAGAAAUGAAUGUUCAUUUCUCUACCAUAAGCCACCUCCAACAUAGUUUUAGAGAAUUUGGCAGUAUGUCCAACCGGCCUCACAACCGCAGACCACGUGUAACCAUGCCAGCCCAGGACCUCCAAAUACGGCUUCUUCACCUGCGGGAUCGUCUGAGGGGGAGGGGGGCGUUUGAGUAUUUCUGUCUGUAAUAAAGCCCUUUUGUGGUUAAACUCAUUCUGAUUGGCUGGACCUGGCUCCCCAGUGGGUGUACCUGGCUACCAAGUACGUGGGCCUAUGCCCGGCCAUGGCUGCGCUCCUGCCCAGUCAUGUGAAAGCCAUAGAUUAGGGCCUAAUUAAUUUAUUUCAAUUGAAUGAUUUCCUAUGAACUAACUCAGUAAAAUCUUAAAUUUGUUGCAUGUUGUUUUUUUCAGUGUAAUUGCAAAGAUGGUCAAAUCCAGCUCAUACAUUUAUACAAGCAUAGCUAGUAGCUACCAAAUGUGCAUUUUUCUGUGAGUGUGGACAUGAACGAGAGAAAUUGUGCAAAUGAACAAAGUUGUGAUGCAUGCUUUUCUGAAGGAAGAGCAGCAUGUGUACACUGAGCAGAGGGGGGGAAGAACGGAGGAGGGGGGAAGAACGGAGGAGGGGGGAAGAACGGAGGAGGGGGGAAGAACAGUGAAGAAAUGGCAACUGUACAGAUGACUCAUCCAGAGUUCUUUGACUUCUGGCAGAAAGCAUAAGAUAUCUGAUGGCAAACAUUUAGUAGUGAAUUGCAUACAAGUCUAACUUCAUGUGCACCGUACAACAGAGACUCGCCGAUAGAUAUAGAACGCUAUGGACUCACCGGCUCCCGCUGUGCUAUUUAAAAACAAACUACGGUAAGCUUCAUAAUGUGACCGGUGAAUUGAAGAACACAAUCUGCUUUCUCCUAAUGUAUUGCACAAAUUGACUGCAGGUAUUAACUUAAAAUAGCUACAAAUAGUCACAUUUUUAUUAAACUUCAAAUAAAUAGUUGAUGGUAUUAAAAAAAAAACGUGGCUUUUUCCAAAUUACAUGGUAUACCACCUAAUACAGGACUGCCCAACCCUGUUCCUGGAGAGCUACAUUCCUGUAGGUUUUUGCUCCAAACCUAAUCUAGCACACCUCAUUCUAAUAAUUAGCUGCAUCAGGUUAGUAACACCUGGGGUUGGCGCGAAAACCUACAGGAGGGUAGCUCUCCAGGAACAGGGUUGGGCAACCCUGACUACAGACAUACUGUUGACCCCCAUUUAGUCGACUGGUGGAUAGGCUGUUGGUCUACCCAUUUUUCUUUUUUUGUUAAAAAAAUAAUAUUUGUUGGGCAGUUGCGAAAAAAGAAAAGUUUAUGGCACAUCAUGAUUGGCUCCCGUCUCAGUGGACUAGUCCAUUGAGGAGGACGCGGGGAUUGCGCACCAGUAGUACAUUUUACCGUUAAUUCCCAUAAUUUCUUAUCUACAAUGUUUGGUGACCAUAAAUUCUGUUAAUGCAUUCAAAUUAUUGUUAUUAUUAGUCUUUUACAGUUCUUAUUGUCAGUGGACACGUUUGCAGAGCGUACAACCUAGGAUACACUUGUGAGAAACAAGUUUUGGUUUAUUUCAUUCCGUUUACGAGUUGUCAAUGUAUUCAUUGUGUUUUUGUUUGGAGCGCUCCUGUCAAUGUUGAGUAAGGACACACACCUGAUUUACGCAUAGAAGUAGGCCUAUAGGCUACCUGGCCUGUGUGCAAAUGUAGGCUUAUACAUGUGCCCAUUUGGGGAUCUGAUGGUCUUAACUCGCUACCACCAUGAGCUGUGGAGCUUCUCAAAGUACUUUUUUUCUUCACUUCAAACAGCAAGUAAACAAAGUCUCUGUUUACAUCCAUUGAGAAUGACAAUAGUUCCUCAAUGUAGCCUAUUCUGAAAAAUAUUUCCAGCUCUCUCCCUUUCGAUAACCACUGAGUGAAAGAGGGGAAAAAAUGCCAUGCUCUGAUCCGGUGGAAACAUCAUAAAAUAGGCUUACUUGAUUACUUGUCUGUCCAGAGCUCGCUGGCGCUGGAAACUGAGGGUCCAGAAUAUUUUAUACAAUGUUGCAAGUUUGUUAGCACAACCUUUGGGCUGCACCAAGUUGAUACAAUGUUUCAAGUUACUUGCAGACAGGCCAUGUGUAGCCAAAGUGAUUUUAUUUUUAUCAAGAUAUGCACAUGUAUGUGUGUAUUAUUCAGUGCCUUCAGAAAGUAUUCAUACCCCUUUGACUUAUUCCACAUUUUGUUACAGCCUGAUUUCCAAAUGGAUUAAAUAGGUUUCUCACCCAUCUAUACACAUACAUUUUUACAAAUGUAAUCAAAUACAGAAAUGCCAUUUACAUAAGUAUUCCCACUCCUUUGCUAGAACGCUCUGGUUCAUCCAAUGUCCUUUGAUCAUCCUUGAUGUCACAACAACUUUAUUGGAGUUCACCUGUGGCCAAUUUAAUUGUUUGGACAUGAUUUAGAAAAACACCUGUCUAUAUAAGGUCCCACAGUUGACGGUGCAUGUCAGAGUAUAAACUCUACCAUGAAGUCCAAGGAACACUAUGCAUGCAUACAUACAAACCAAAUGGAAUACCAUUUUACAUGUUCAUAAAUCCCAAAAAUGUAUACUCUUGUAAAUGUUUUAUAAACCAUGUUAUCCGUCAACAUUUUGAUAUGUAAUGUUUGUACAUUAUACCGUCUACGUUCUCGUGGAUAGGAAGGUUCAGAAGUUCUAACCUCAUCUCCUCACUAUCUACAGAAUUUCUUCUAUUCUCGCAAGAACUUCAUGAAGCCUACCCAUCAGGAGUUCCCUCAUCGGAACUUCCAGGAGGAAGUGGAAUUUCUCAGCCAGAUUUUCCCAAGUAAGUACUAAUGCCCACACUCCAAAUUCAAUUCCUCAACUCUAAUCACGGUUGGAGUCCAGGAAGAGUGUGCUAAUGUAUGGAUGGGGUGAGUCAGCGACGCUAUACAGGCUGUGCCUUCGUAUGCUGUUCUCUAAUCAGGAGGGGUUUGAGACACGGGCACAUGACAUUCUCUUCCUCCUCCAGAUGGAGCAGCGUACUGUAUGGGACGUUUGAACUCUGAUUGCUGGUAAGGUCAUAUCAACACUUUAUGCUCACUGAAUAUACUCAAGAUACUGUUCCAUUAAUGAGACCUUAAUAAUGCAGUGGACAAUGCCAUUAAACUUUAACUACACUGUCCAGCGCUGCUGAAUGUGUUCAUGUUUUCCUGUAUGUCCUUACUUGUUUCCCUACAGGUACCUGUUUACUCUGGAUUUGCCAGAGUUCUGGGAGAACAAGCACGCAGAUCAGACGCUGGAAGUUCUGAUGAGUGACCUUGAUCCAGCAAUUAUGGAUCAGUUCUUCAUGAAAGACGGUGUUUCUGCAAAUGAUGUCACUCGUGUAAGGCCCACAAACUAGCAACGUUCGAUAUUGUUAUUUGUUCUUGAUGACUUCACGAGGGCUCACUCAGUAGGGAACUGUUCAGGGGGACCUGUCCUUAUGGCAUUGAUCCACUCUGGUGUUUAUUCUGUAAUGAUAUUCCCUAAUGAGGGCACCGAUAUGGAAAGUAUCAGUUGAAUUUUUCAACGCAAUAUUGAUAUUGGUUUUAUAAAUAAAUAAAAACAUUGCAACUGUGUAAAAUGUUCACGUCCACGCCUCUGAAGUAGAGACGACUGCUUGUUGAUUGCCCAUUGGGCCAGACUUGAAUUGUCUGCAAACCUACCCAACCAGUUUGUAUACAAUCUGAAGUUUAUCAACUAUUGAUGGCUCAUCAGCAGGCAAUUAAGUAUGAUAAAUUGACUAGGGCCCUAUAAAAUCUGCAUUGCGGAUGGGAUCAUGGAAUCCAGACAUUAAAACGGAAUUCGACAAUAUAAAACAUGUAUUGCACUUAGUAGGAAAUAAACUCAAUGUUUUGAACUUAUUAGAAAAUGCAUUAGUUUGCCCAGGUUAAUCAUAAGACAUUAAUAAAAUGCAUCAGUGAUUUUGUAUUUUCCUGCAACUUUCUGAAACGGCACAAGAAUGCCUGUGUGUGUGUGUGUGUGUGCGGCUGUUGCGUAUGUCUAUACUUUGUAGCUGUUAGUGAUGAUGCAAACUCUGCAAUCACAUGAGCGCUACAAACAUCCCUAACCAAACAGUCUCUUGCUGGCGCACACUUUCAUUAAAGGGUAACUUUACUCCAAAAUCUAAAUUUCUAUAAUUUUUCAGAGCUCAAAAGGGUGGUCUCCUGAUGCAGUUUAAGCAUUGUUGUGGACUUGGAACAUCCUAUUCUAUUGUUUUUCUAUUAAUAAAUCUUUAUUUUUAUUUUUUAUUUUUUUUAGAUUGACAUUUUAAAACCUGGAAAAACAAAAUGGAAUCAUGCAAAAAUAAUCGUUUUUCUAGGGCCCUAGUUGACAGCCUGUGAGAUUUGUGAAAGGGGUUUUGUGCAUGCAGGAACAGUGUAUGCUUUUUUACAUAAUAAUUUAGGUCAACGGGAGGAAUACACAAAUAUCACAAUAUACCUUGCCCAUAUAUGAAACUAUAUUUACAUUUUAGUCAUGUAGCAGACACUCUUAUCCAGAGCGACUUACAGUUAGUGAGUGAAUACAAUAUUUUUUUAUUUUUCAUACUGGCCCCCCGUUGGAAUUGAACCCACAACCCUAGCAUUGCAAACGCCAUGCUCUACCAACCGAGCUACAUCCCUGCCGGCCAUUCCCUCCCCUACCCUGGACGACGCUGGGCCAAUUGUGCGCCGCCCAUAUCGCUAUAAUAUUGAAUUAUAGCUUUUGGUACCCACCAGUAAUAUUCCCCUUAUUGUAUAGAGGAACACAAUCAUAAAGCUGACUGUUCAUCAGUCAAUUAGUAGUUGCUGUUUUGUAGCGCACAUUGCACAUUCUAUUUAUUGUCUUUUUUCAGAUGAGUGGAAUUCGUGACCUGAUACCAGGUUCUGUGAUUGACGCCACAAUGUUCAACCCUUGUGGAUACUCAAUGAAUGGAAUGAAGACUGACGUAAGUGGAUCUUACAGACGCUCUUAUCCAGAGCGACUUACAAUUAAUGCGUUAAUCUUAAAAUGGCUAGGUGAGACAACACAUCACAAUCGUAUCAAGUACAUUUUCCCUUAAAGUAUUUAUCAGCAAAGUCAGUCUGCUUUUUUUGUUUUUGUCUUAGGGCUCUUCAUUAAAUCCGCCUUGAAAGUCAUUUAAAACAAAUGUCUGUCUUUAUCUUACAGGGAACUUACUGGACGAUUCACAUCACUCCAGAGCCAGAGUUCUCCUAUGUCAGCUUCGAAACCAACCUCUCCCAGACGUCCUACGAUGAUUUGGUCAGGAAAGUUGUGGACAUCUUUAAGCCAGGAAAAUUUGUGACUACGCUGUUUGUUAACCAGGUAUGUCCUCGUUCAAAAUGGUUCUGAUGUUGCUUGUGGAUGUUUGACUCUGUUUUCCAGAACAUUGCACUCAUAAAUGACUCAAUCGCAUCUUAAGUCUUCACUGUACUUGGCAUUUUCACUGUUAACAACUUCUUUCUUUUUGUUUUCACUCGCAGAGCUCCAAAUGUCGCAGUGUCUUUUCUUCCGCCCAGAAACUUGAGGGGUACAAGCGCCUCGACCGCCAGUUGGCCCAAUUCAACGAUUACAAUUUUGUCUUUACCAGUUACGCCAAGAGCCGCCAGCAGAACCAGCAGAGUUGA